CGGGGUUCGAGUUCGAGCAUCUUAGGUUUUUGCAGGGGUCUUUCUUGAGACACUUUCCGCGUGGCAAAAAACGAAAAUACAAGAGAAGAGAGACCAGAAGACUCCUUUUCCUGCCUCGCCCCUUCCCACUAUCACUCGUUCAGAGAGGUUCGGAGCGCUGAGAUACUGACGCGCGGCGAGCACAACGGGAAGUCUGUGGAGCGCUUUCUUUUGUGUUCGCCGCAGAAACGCUCCUGUUGCCUGCUCAUCUGUCCAGCUUCGGAUGACAAUGAUUGACACAGACUGCCGGCUUCGCAGCAGUUGGUAGCCGGGGGUGCCUGUCACUUGUUCACCUCUCUGAGCCGUUACUCCAGCAUACAGUUUUUUACUGUUCCGUGACCACUGACAUUUCCUGCAUAUACAAUCUCCGCAUCUCUGUAUACCAUUAUCGGCUUUUGAGAGUCUCCAGACCGUUGGCUCUUUCUGCAUCUCUUUGGCGGUUUUCGCGCGCACUUCUCUUGCCUUUUUGGCGCGUCCGUGUGUCCGUUCGUGUUCGCCUCUGCAGUGCGUAUACCCUCUCUACGUUUUUCUUUCUCGUCUUCCCAGUUCUUCGAGGAGUUCUUCCGUUCUCCUCGGCCGCGUUUCUCCCUGCUUCUUUUGCGAGUUUUGGUAUCUGACAGAGGGCCGCCGCGCUCCUCGACUUUCCACUAUGUCCCCGUGCAAACGAAAGCGGCUGAAAGAUCAAAGGCUCCACAAUCCUUCGUGACACAAGCUCUUCCCUUGGUCAAACAGAUCACCAGAGGGGGCACUCGGCAGCUUGCCUUCAAAGAAGCAAGUUCGCCUAGCCCCAGGCCCUAACCCGUCGAGUACACACUGCUGGGAGAUCCGCCUCAGACACACCCCCGGAAAACAUAUCUUUUCACGGUCGUUCCGUCUUUUCCAAGAAACACAGGCCACACGGUGGAAGAGAGAGAGAACCCAUACACAAACAAACAGGCACAUGAAUCCCCAUAGAUAUAUGCACGUAUGUGCUUGCAUUGAUAUGCACGGAUUCCUCUAAGGGAGGUGGCGAACGAUCCACGUUAUUGGUUUCAGCACAUCUAUACGGACUUAAAGGCCCUCGUCUCACCCGUUACAUACAUACACACACGCAAAAGGUUUGUUUGUCCACGUGAGCUUGCUUCCGUUGAAAGUAGAAGGGCAGGCGCAUGGGACACUGGAAUGCCUGGCGCGAGGAGUUGACUGCAAAAGAAAUGGGCGUAUUGUCUCAUGUCGCUUUUGCUUUUCGCGAAGACGAACAUGUGGCCUACGCGAAGGACGAGGCUCUCGAGCCUGCGGAGAGUCUGUGCAGCUCAUUCAACAACGGGAUUGUGACUCACAUGAAAGACGUAGGCGUGGUAGAGAGGCCGCUGACCCCCAGCGGGGAAGGACCUUUGAGCUCUCUCAUAGGGAUGCGAACUGAGCCUGUCAGGGAAGAGAACUUUUGCGAUAAAACACCAGAAAGAGAAAUCCCCAACGAGCAAGACGAGGCCAUGUACCUUCCCUACGCAGAAGUCCUCCUGAAGACGAGACUAGAGGUCCCCAGCGCGUCCUUAGAAGACCAUGGGAGGCGAGAAGCUCCAGACGCGUUUUCAGGGCAGAGUGGAAAACAGCGAGUCGGUCCGCUUUUCAGCCCUCCGCGGCCGCCCCUCCCGUCGGGUGCCCGCGACGCCUUGGCGUGUCUGCCCUGGCUGAAACGCCAAGGAAGGCUGCUCUUUUCGCUCACGCGGUGGCACUUGCUCGUUCUUCUCUGUUGCUACUCGGUCCUCGUCGGCCCCGUGUACCUGAACUGGGCACCGUUUCGUCAGCUGCUCUUCGAUAAUGGCGUCUACCGCUGGGUUUGCGAUCCGCAGGAAACAGACGCCUCGCACAUGGCAUUUGUCGACCCCAGAACGCAGACAUGCGCGCAGCAGCGCCUGCACGUCGGGAAUCUGUUCACUCUCUGCACGGUCGCGGACUACGGCAUGUCGUUCUUCGGUGGUCUCGCGAUGGACGUGGGUGGACCGAAGGUGGCGUCUGUGGGCGGGUCGCUCCUGAUGACGCUCGGCUGGCUGCUUCUCGCGUUCGCAAGCGAAACGUUCCGCGCCUUCGAACUCGGAAUGGUCCUCUUCGGUCUCGGCAUCGACAUGGCUUUCUACGGGACUCUUCCCGUCGGCACACUCUUCCCUGGGCACUGCAACACCGUGCGGGCAGUCCUCGUCGCCAUGCGGUCUGUGAGCUACAUGACACCGGUGCUGCUGCAGACUGUCGCGAGCUCCCUCCACAUUUCCUACCGAGACAUAAUGGUCGGCUACGCCGUCACGGCCUUUGGUCCCGCGCUCCUCAUUGCUGCUUUCGUGACCCCAUGGAAGCCCUGGGAGGGCCGCUCCGGAGUGGAGAAUGAUGAAACUGCGGGGGGGAAAGCGGAUGGAGUGCCGGCAAACAACCUGCAACAGAUGCCCGUGCAGACCAGCCGUCGCACAGAGAUCCCGCGGAACACCUGGCGGCUCUGCGCAUCUUUCUUCCCCCGGAAAUUGAAAGAAGAAAACAAGGCGGACUCUCACUGUGUUGACGGCGCAGGAAAUGCCACAGAUGCGAGGUCGGCGCAGAAGCCGCGCGGGAAAAACGCCUGGGAUAGCGAAAGUGGAAAGGGAGAGAGCGACGAAACCUCCGCAAGGACACCCGUGACGACGGACCAGACAGUCGACUCGUUGAAACACCCGGCUGGAAAGGAAGGUGACUCGUGGCCGGCCGCGAUUCCAACGGACACAGGUUCCCUGUCGAUGAUUAGUCUUUCCUCUUCCCCGAAACGCUUCCACGACGACGCGCCAGCAGGCUGCUACAUUCCGCGCCCUUCCGAUCCGGCCUUGCCAGAGCAGACCGUGCCGGAUGCGCGAGCAGCCUCGCUCUUCUCCAGAGAGGCGCCGUGUCUCAGAGGAAACGAAACAGACGAAACGGUGGAAGAAACGCCGGUAGUCGGGCUGGAAUGCGGCAGCGCGGACUUCCCGCGGCAGCUGGGUACGUUGGGGAACUCGAACGCAGGCGCCGACGAACGGCGACUUGCGUCGUUCUUUGGCCAGCCGUGCGACAGAGGCCGGCGAGACAAAGUUAGGCAAGCGAUUAGAGAGGCGGUGGCCUUCACCAGCAACUACCUGUUCUCCAGUCUGUACCUGCCUCUCGUUCCGUACUUCACCAUCACCCUCAUUCGGGCUGUGUACUUCAACACUGCGUCGCACGACCUGGUCCCCGACGCCUUGACGUUUCUCCACAUUAUCAUCGGGUUCGUGUUCGUUUUUCCGCCGAUUGCGGGGUACAUCGCAGAUCGAUUCGGGAUUUUGCUCUGCAUGGCGCUGGUCAACUCGUGCGGGACGCUUGUCAUCCUCCUUUCUCUCGUCACGCUCCUCAUGCCCGGGAAAGCCGUCUGGCUCGAGUACGUCAUCGCAUUUCUUUUCAUGCAGAACAUGUCGCUAAUGACCAACCAAAUCUACUUCUACGUCGGCGCCACAUUUCCGCAGCGCCAUCUGGGGAAACUCAUCGGAUUCACUUGCACAGUCGGCGGUCUCCUGUCGCUUCUUGCCACGCCCAUGUUCGACUACUCGGUGAAGUCGGGAGAAAGCGGCUUCAUGGGCAUGCUCACGCUCCUCGCGGCUCUUUCCGGAGUCACGUACCUUCUGCUGCUCGUCCUUCACUUCAUGAAAAAACGCACGCUGAAAAGACAAGCGGAAACCGCGACGCCGUGCACUGCCGUCCUUGCUCUGUAAAAAAUCUUUGGAAGAACCAUCGCAGCACCGACGCACACCAACGCACGCCGACGCGUGCAUACGGAAACGCUCACUCUCGGUUCGGUAAAGAGGUUUUAACCUCGGUCCAGCAGUGGCGGCGUCGACAUCGAAAACAGAGGCGUACACACCCCUCCGACGGUCUUCGUUUCUAGCACACAGGACCUAAAGGUUGGUUUCCCGACGGAAAUUCUUUUGUAUCGAGGGGCAGAAAAGAACAGACAAUCGGAAACGCGAGCAUGUGCAGACAUGCCAUCAGACGAGGCUUGACAAUUCUGCAGGCACUUUUCUACAACCGGGGAAUCUGAAAGCAGCUCCCAAGAAUCUCCAGGUGUAGGCCUUCCUCUCGCUUGAAUCUUACCAGUCGAAGUCGUGGAAAGAGUCGAUCUUUGCCUUUCGUCAAUCUUCGUUCUUCGCAAGCAUUCGAAGAGGUUCCCUAUGGGGCUAAUUGCCAGUCCGCUCAAACAAAGAAACACACGACCUGGCUGCAAUCUCUACGCGAACGAGUGUAUCCGGAAGCCGUCACCCGCUCAGGAAGCUGCAGGUUUGAUUCUAUAGGAAUGUUUCCUUUCUUCAGAGGGAAGUGCACGUCUAUUUUUCGAUGUCGACUGCGUCGACAGAAAGACGCUGUUGUGUCCGCAGGUGUCCUGUUUUUUUUCUUUCCUUUGCAUGCACUGACCACGAACAAAUUUGGCACUCUUGAAGCCGCACCAACACAGCGAGAGGCCGAUUUCUUGCCAGCCACGAGGCGCCAAGAAACCAUGUGCCCACAUGCGUCUCUCCAAGUGGAAACGCGAUAGUCCAUCACAUACAAACGCAUUUCAUUCCCCUACACAAAUACAUACAUUGGAAUAGAUAUGAAGCUCUGCGUAGACGCAAUAUAUCUAUAACUAUAUAUAUAUAUAUAUAUAUAGACAUACUUUGUGUUUGUACGGAAUCUGAUGGUCUUUGUUGUUUUUCCAUCAGAAACGACUCCGCUUCACAGUGAUGGCAUUUCCAGCUCUGACCACCUUCAGUGGUCGUAUGGCGGAUGCCUGCACGUACAGAUACGUGCACACAGCUUGAACCGACCUACGUGAUCUAUAUAAUAUAUAUAUAUAUAUAUAUAUCAAGAAGCAUAUAAAUAUGAUUGAGUCUACGUAUGUCUGUAUUCUUGAGUACUUCCGGGUGUGACGAUGCCUGAGAGACAGAUCGAGAUGGCAACAUAUUUCCUUCAUGUCGUUCUCUCCGCUCUUUUAUGAAGACUUUCGAAGGAAACUGCAACCGUCAACUGGAAAGCCGCAGCUCCCGGCUUACAGAGAGGAGAGCGCUGCCUUGAAGCUGCUUUCUAAAUGGCUGCACAGGUUGUCCUCCUCGUCUUACGAAACAACGGAAAUUGUUUGAUUGGCACACCGACAGAGACGAUCAAGCUGCAUUACGUUUAACCGUCUAUGAACGAGCUACAAGAGCACCACAGCAGCCAUAAAGAACUUGGGCGGAAGAUUAAAUGCAACGCAAAGAAUCAUUUGAACAUGGCAAAUGUGCCCUGCGAAGUACCACCUGCACUCGCACCUCUUUGAAGCGGUUUGUCUUGUGUGCUGUCUUAGCAGUCCAGUGGAGUGGAGGUGUACAGCCAUCAUAAAGAACUUGGUUUUCUGUAUCUCAUAUGCGUCACAUGUAGAUACACAAGUAUAGGAACAUGUCUGUGACUUAUAUGUGCACCUGCUGGGCAUGUGCUCUCUGACGUUUCGAAGGAUGGCUGAGAGACACCGAAGGAAGUCGGACUAUCUACGCAUCUAACAAUA